AUGCUUGACGGGAGAGUUCCGGAUUCAAAAAAUUCCAGCUUCAAAGCGUUCUAUAAGAUAUACGCUACAGAAACGACGCGCGUUGGAGAAAGGAUGCCGGGAAAGCGGGAGGUUGAAGAAAGCGAUAGUGAAGAUUUGUAUCGGGAAGAGGGUAACAAAAGGUUGCACAUUAGCAGUUCUGAUGAGCGAGGUUUAUUACAAACAAUUGAGAAAAAACGGCUCGAUUUCUAUUCAGAGAAGGUUUGCUCCGUGACAUUGUCAACGAUAGACGUCUAUUCAUGUCUUACAUGUGGCAAAUACCUACAAGGUCGGAAUGAGGGCUCCCCAGCAUUUAAACAUUCCAUCGAAGAUUUACAUCGCCUAUUCAUGCAUAUGCGGACAUUUAAAACUUAUAUCCUUCCGGAAAAUCGGCCCUUUCGGAACGCUGAGGUCUUGGAUCAGAUAAGGUAUGGUUUUAAACCGACUUAUGGAAGGCUCCAGGUGGCCGACUUUCCACAGGACUGCGAGGACCUUAAUGGACAGCCGUACCUGAAUGGCUUUGUCGGACUGCAUAAUAUAUCGAACAAUGGUUCCUCCAACGUCAUAUUACUUAUGCUGGCCCAUAUCAAGCCCGUGAGAGAUCUGUUCCUUCUCAAUGAUGACCUGCUGGAGAGGGCCGAUCCAUUCAUAAAUAAGCUAGCGCUUUUGAUUAGACAUAUCUGGUCACCCAACCUCUUUAGGCGGCAUGUAUCACCUCAUGAAUUUUUACAAUAUGUCGCUACACAUCUCGCACAACCAAGCUCAAUGAAAGCUUAUAGCGAUCCGAGGAACUUUAUGCUAUUUGUUAUAAACCGUAUGCUCAAGUCGUCCUGUGGAGAGGUACGAAAAACGUUAACGGACAAUAUUCAGGGUACAGUUACCAUAAGGACAACAAAAAUAGUGCCUGUCCCUAAUGAUGACGGCAGUGCAAUUAAAUUCGUACUGGACACCAGGACCGCUAAGUCCACGGAUGUCAUGUUCUGGAUGCUGAGCCUAGAUUUGCCCCCCAGACCUCUGUUCAAAGACGGGAAGUCCGCCAACAGUCUGCCGCAGGUGAAAUUGGAAGAGCUGAUGGGAAAGUUUGACGGCACCGUAGAACAACAUUUGAAGGAAAGUGUCAAGCUAAACAAGGUGAGCCGUUGCCCGCGAUACCUAGUUCUUCAUCUCAAGCGUUUUGAACCCGGCAAGUUCCCUGUGCAGGAGAGAAACCAAACAGUUGUGGAGUUUGGCCAGGAACUGGAAUUCCGUUCAGUGAAGUUCAGAUUGCUGAUGAAUGUUGUACACGAAGCUACCAAACCUGCAAAGAACCAGGAAGUACCCAUUCUAGAUGAAAUUAGCAACUGGAAAAUACAAAUUAGAAACGAUAAAGACGACACUUGGUUCGAACUGGAUGAAGGAAACGUCAGAAAGAGGGAGAAAGAGCUCUUGUUCCUGAACGAGACGUACCUUCAGGUAUGGGAGCGAGUUGCUGCCGCAUAA